AUGGCGACUGGUAAUUUUCGGUUWCCGCCUCAACUCGAUAUAAAUUCUGGAAAUGUCUCGGAAAACUACAAGCGAUGGCGACGACAAGUCGAAAUCUAUUUAGCCGCAUCUGGAGCUACUGAAGAGGAGGGAGACAAGCAGACCGCAAUCAUCUUGAAUUGUGCAGGCCCGGAAGUCUUAGAAGUAUACGACAAUCUCACAUGGGCAAAAGAAGAGGACAAAAAUAACCCUAAAGCUGUCUUCGACGCUCUUGAGAAAUAUUGCAAUCCACGUGACAACGAAGUUAUGGAAUCUCACAGAUUUUGGAAGAUCGAGUACCAAGAGCCGUUUGACAAAUUUUAUACGGAACUUCAAACACGAAUCACCGCUUGCAAUUUCGCCGAGAAGGACCGUAUGUUGAGAGACAAGAUCGUGUUCACAGUCUCCGGAAAACUACAAGAACUGCUACUCAGGGAAGAUGCCCUCACUCUCGAAAAAACUUUAAAAAUAUGCAGAGCCUUCGAGCAAUCGAACAAGCAAGUUAGAGAACUCAAAAACAACUCUAGCAGUGCAAGUACAACGAAUUCUUCAUCUAUAAACUCAAGCUUAAAUAAAAUCUCAAAGAAACCCAAGUCAAGGUCACGUGAUACUCGACAAAGGUCAAGCUCCGAAAGCAUGUCAAAGUCAACCACUAGUGACAGUUUGCAAUUCAAUUGUAAAUAUUGUGGAUAUAAGCAUGAAAGGAAGCGAGACAAAUGCCCAGCCUGGGGUAAAACANACUGA